UAAUGAGAUGUGUGCAGCCGGAGAGCAGGGCUGCUGGAGACUAACUGUGAGCUACUAACACCCGGGUGGACGCUUAGCUUUUGCAGUACCCGGUUUGCAUGUACCGAAAGUCUUCUGCCUUCUGAGUCAACCUUCCCGGCCUGGUAAAGAACCCGACCAGGGCUCUGGUGAACCCGCUGUAGCGCCUCUUCUGCCUGUGAGUGAUUUGUCACUUCUUCUGCAAGACUGGCACCAGCAGAAAUGCAGUCUCAGAGGACCCCUGGGAGAAAGCGAGGCCGACCCCCACUUCACUCAACGCCUGUGAAGAUGGCAGUUCAUAACCUUUAUUCUGCGUCAGCUGGCUCUUUACCGGCAGUGAAGAUCCCAAAGAAAAGAGGGCGGAAACCUGGGUACAAGCUCAAGUCUCCGGUUCUCCUGACUCCGUUGGCCCUCUCACCUCCGCGGAGUACGCCAGAGCCCGACCUCAGCUCCAUCCCUCAGGACGCAGCCACCAUCCCCAGCCUGGGAGUCCCUCAGGCGCUCACAGUCUGCCUCUACAUCAACAAGCAGGCCAACGCCGGGCCCUACCUGGAGAGGAGGAAGGUGCAGCAGCUCCCCGAGCACUUCGGGCCUGAGAGGCCGUCGGCGGUCCUGCAGCAGGCCGUGCAAGCAUGCAUCGACUGUGCCCACCAGCAGAAGCUGGUCUUCUCCCUGGUCAAGCAGGGCUAUGGUGGUGAGAUGGUCUCGGUCUCGGCGUCCUUUGACGGGAAACAGCACCUGCGGAGCCUGCCUGUGGUGAACAGCAUCGGGUACGUCCUCCGCUUCCUCGCCAAGCUGUGCCGAAGCCUCCUGUGCGAUGACCUCUUCAGCCACCAGCCCUUCCCCAGGCGCUCCAGUGCCUCCGAGGAAGCCCAGGAGAACCAGGAAGGCAGGAUGGAGACAGCCAAGACCUUCGCCACCGCAGAGUGCCGCCUGGCGACCGCUGCGGGCAUGAGCCGCUACAGCCUGGACCCCUCCGGCCCCGCCUUCAGCCACCGGGGCUCCGUGCCCCCCGCCUCCGCGCUGUACUGCAAGAGGCAGAACUCCGGAGAUGGCCCCCUUGGGGGCGGUCCCGCCGCCGGCGGCCCCCGCACCAGCCCCCUGUCCUCCGGAGGCCCCUCGGCGCCAGGGCUGAGGCCCCCAGGCUGCAGCCCCAAGAGGAAUGGGACCUCUCUGGAAGGAAACAGAUGUGCCUCAAGCCCUUCUCCAGACGGGCAGGACGGCAGGCGGCCAAGGAGCAGGAACCCGUCCACCUGGACCGUGGAGGACGUGGUCCGGUUCGUGAAAGACGCUGACCCGCAGGCUCUGGGGCCUCACGUGGAGCUCUUCAGAAAGCAUGAGAUUGACGGCAAUGCUCUCUUGCUGCUGAAGAGUGACAUGAUUAUGAAAUACUUGGGCCUGAAGCUGGGACCUGCGCUGAAACUCUGCUACCAUAUUGACAAACUGAAGCAGGCCAAGUUUUGAAGGUUUUUAGAAGCUAGAAGCAAAAUCCAGCCAGCAGAUCUCAAGAUCAUCUCUGCCUUACCAACAUCCAGCCACCAUGGAAAAACAGAUUCCCUUCUUCAAAACAACAGGCACAAAGACGGGGUCUUUUUACAAAACUCUUUGCCUUUUUAAAAAGUCAACCUGGCCCAUU